AGCCACAUGCAUUGAUAACGCACCGUGUCUACUUUUCUGAUUGUUAACACAAGGGACAAAGACAAAUACAAGAUCGUUUCGACACUGGAAUCAAAAAGAAAUUUCGUAUCACGAGACUAAACAAUGAUGAAGGUUUCUUUGAUCGCCUUGAUCGCGCUAUUGGGAAACGUCUCGGCUGCAUCGGCGUCGGAUACUGACGAUGAGAAAAGGAGGUUGAAUAAGUAUUAUCCAGUACACUCACCGACGUAUCACUACCAMAAUUAUGUCACGCCUUAUCCGACGCAUCGACCCCCCACGCCGUAUCCAACUGGCAGACGUCCCACACCAAGGCCAACUCCCCGCCCUACGCCCCACCACAAUCCAUAUCCCAAGCCACAGAAUCCAUAUCCCAAGCCACAGAACCCCUAUUCGGACAACGCAGAUCCAUAUGGUAAAUUUACUCCUUUCCCUACCUAUCGGCCGACGUCUCGCCCAACUCCCCACCCAACGAGGAAUCCUACACAGCAACCCACAUUUAGUCCAACGCGAAACCCUACCGAUCGCCCUACGAUGGAACCAACUCCAAAUCCAACUCAGCCACCGACUGAUGCCCCCACUCGGACGCCCACUCCGCCCCCAACCGGAGCACCCACUCAAACACCCCCACCCAGCCGCAAACCAACUCCGGCACCGUCUCCGGCACCAACUCGAGAGCCAUCUGCGGAGCCAACUGGAUACCCCUCUGCUGAGCCCACCAACGCGCCUAGCGGUGAGCCCUCCUCUAACCCCACCGUUUCUGCUGAACCCUCCAGUUUGGAACCUACACAGAGCGAGGCACCAUCCGACAAUCCAACUGCAUCUGAAGAACCAUCUGACAACCCAACUCAAUCAGAAGAGCCAUCUGACAACCCAACCCAAUCAGAAGAACCUUCUGAGUUCCCAACUCAGUCCGAGGAGCCUUCUGCGGACCCCACUGGUAGUGAAAGACCAACCUUUAUUGUGACCGAGACUUCUUCGAACUUCAUUCCUAAUCCAACUCUUUGUAAGUCCCGAAUGACACUGCUCCAGAGCUUAACUUUUUCAAACAAGCGAAGCCCGAAGUUCUUGUUUUCGUCAUCAUUGCAAUACUGAUCCUUGGUUUCUUCUAUCUUUUCUUCUUUUAUACUAUACCAACAAAAUUACCAGACGAUGUCAUCUGCGCUAGAGCGAAUCGGCAAGUCCUGGGAGUUCUGUGCCAACUUAUCAACCUGUUCCCGGAUGUUGUUGAAGCUCUCGGAGGACCACCGGCGCCGCUAGUCUUCCCUGUAAUCGUUCUGGCAGAAAUUCGCAUCCAGAUAAGAUCCAUCCUGCCUGUGMUGCCGGUAGUUGUUGUACCCGGUGGCAGAAAGCUUGAAGAGCCAGGCCAAAAAAGUCUCGUCACGGCGGCGCUCGAGCACGAGAACCAACGCCAGGCAAAURUCAACGUUGGAAGUGCUCUGCAGGAAGUUGGUCUCAACCGAGGUGCUCCAAUUCUUCAAAUCGAUCGGACGGUUUUCGGUCCUACCAACUUUGCCUUUGCCCGUUUGGCAGAAGACGAUAGCUUCGGUACCGAUGGACUUUUCUUUUUCCUCUUGUCGGAGGAGAACUUGGCCAUCUUGAAAGACCUUCUUCUCUUCCACGUUUUCAACAAACAAGUCCCCUUCAACCAGCUGGAAUGCGAUAAGUUUCUCAAGAUGGCAAACGGUGAAACAACCCAGACAAUUUGCCGAGAUGGCUUCAAAUUUCAGGUUGGUCCCGAAAACGAUUCAGGGGACGAACCGAGGAUCGUGGUUGCCAACCAGUUUGCGUACAAUGGUGUCAUUCACGUCGUCGACGAAGUUAUUCUUCCAUUGAACGGCACAACUGUUCCUUCACAGACUCCCACCAUGGCUACUACCUUUUUCCCCACCACUACCUUUUUCCCCACCACCUUUGAACCAACAACAACAAGCCCUACAGGCCCCACCGAUGUGCCUAGCGUUGCGCCCAGCGCCGCGCCCAGCGGUAGUCCUACCGUUCUUACAUCCGGGGAAGCAUCCGAAUCCAGUAGCCUCACGUCAAGUGAAAUAGUAAACGCUAAGGAAGCUCCAGAAGAAGCUCAAGAAGCAGCUCCAGAAGUAGCUCCAGGAUCGACCCCAAGACCAACUAAAGCAUCGGCGAAACAAUCGAGGAAACAAGCAAGGAAAGAAUCGACGAAAGAUUCAACUCCAGAUUCGCAAUAAGUCGAACGACGCAGUUUGGGGUCACGAAAGGAAGCUCGCUUCCGAUGGYAGGGUGAUAUGUAUGAGCAGACGCAAACACAACCCAUAAGAAAGAGCAUGGCUGGCUGAAAGAAAUUGCAAGUAUCAUGACGAACGACUAGCUCACCACAMGCAAAAUUUUCUGAUCACAAGUAGCGCCUCUUGUUUGUUGCUUUCCGAAUCGAUAUCGUACUACUUCAAUAUUGAAUGGACAGCAUGCUAUAUGCUCAGAAAGUACACAAGUGUGAUGCCACAACUACACUACUGCUACUACCACACC